AUGAUGAUUGGAGGCGCCCAAGUUCGGCUUAAUGGGUGGCAACAGGUUGCUGUUGCUAUGGGUUGGGCAAUUAGCGCAUUAACGGACCCGUGCCGAGCAGAUUUGAUUGUGGCUCUUGGCGAGACUACUAGGAAGUUUGCUUUUGAAAAUGUUCUAGAAAGAAUGAAGAAGAGCCCGAAAGGCCAGACUAUACCCUUGGACAGACCACGUGUCAUAUCUACAAGAGUGGGUCAUGCAUGGGAUAUGCCCGCAAACACAUUUGAUGCUACCUAUGCGAAGUUCAUGGGAUCCAUAAACUUUUCCCCGGAUGACCAGCCACCAGUGCGGUUCAUGGAGACAAAUGAGCUUGCAUAUGUCUCCAAGCGUGCCCAUGAGGUGCAUGACUUUUGGCGCAUCCUCUUUAGCCUCCCCACUAACCUAAUUGGUGAGUCGGCACUCAAGGUAAUAGAGCUUGAGCAAAUGUUCCUUCCAAUGUGCCUUCUAUAUGUCAUAGGGGGUAUGACAAGAUUUGGCGAGAAGCAAAGAGUAUUGAUCUUCCAGCAUUACUUUCCUUGGGCCAUGAUGAAUGGGGCUGAGCUUCUCACAUAA